UUUUGUAGGCGGAACUCUCUCGGCUGUUCCUUACACCUUGAGGGAAAGUGGCUGGAGUACUGUUGUGUGUGCGUGUGUUUGUGUGUGUGUCUGCAAGAUGCACACACACAGUCUAACUGGAGAGUGAAAUGAUCAGCAUACACAACUUGGGAUUGCAAAGUGUUUGGUAGAAAGCUAAACCCUGAAUCUACAAGCAGUUUCUUCGCCUGGGAAAAAAAAAUCAAGGGAUUUUUCAGCGUCGCUGUAAACAUUUACAGUACUAAGUUUAUUUUCCAAAUAUUCCUGGAGUGAGCUACUGCAAGGACAGAAGAAACAGAGAGCAGUGUUUGUGUGUGUUCUCUCUCUCUGCUUCUCCCACAACUCGACUCGCCUCUGCCGGGAGAGGAGAGCAGUGGUUUGGGGAUGGUUCGGUCCCGGUCACCCGGCCUGACGGCUCUCCGCUUACUUCUCUGUACCCUCGGCCUCUGUCACGCAGUGCAAGGUGCCAACUGACAGCCUUCAUGUCUCUGAGUUGGUGACUCUGUGUUCAAAUACCAGAGGCAUGGACAACUGAGAUUAUUGAGAAGGACUGACUAUGGCGAUGUGCUUCCUGAUUCUUUUCCGUCAUCAGCCGCUGAGCCUCUGCCAAGAUUUCUGGUGGAGCCCGAUGAUGCCUACAUCGUGAAGAACAAGCCGGUGAUGAUGACGUGCACAGCCACCCCAGCGACACAGAUCUACUUCAAAUGCAACGGCGACUGGGUGCAUCAGAAGGAUCACAUGACUGAGGAGAACAUGGAUGAGGUCACAGGUUUGGUGGUUCGGGAGGUUCACAUUGAGGUGUCCCGUCAGCAAGUGGAAGAACUAUUUGGUCUGGAGGACUUCUGGUGCCAGUGUGUUGCCUGGAGCGCCUCAGGCACAACCAAGAGCAGAAGAGCUUAUGUCCGCAUUGCUUAUCUGAGGAAGAACUUUGAGCAAGAGCCACUGGGAACAGAUGUGGCCCUGGAAAAUGAGGUUCUUCUUCAAUGCCGCCCGCCAGAAGGGGUUCCACUGGCAGAGGUGGAAUGGCUGAAGAAUGAUGAUGUCAUCAGUCCAAUUGAAGACACCAACUUCCUCAUCACCGUUGACCACAACCUGAUCAUCAAACAAGCUCGCCUCUCCGACACGGCAAACUACACAUGUGUAGCCAAAAACAUUGUUGCCAAGCGCCGCAGUACCACAGCCACCGUCGUUGUGUAUGUAAAUGGAGGCUGGUCCACUUGGACAGAGUGGUCUUCGUGUAACAAUCGCUGCGGGCGAGGCUGGCAGAAACGGACAAGGUCGUGCACCAACCCGACACCACUCAACGGCGGUGCCUUCUGCGAGGGGCAAACCUUUCAAAAGAUCGCAUGCACCACCAUGUGCCCAGUCGACGGGGGCUGGACGAGCUGGAGCAAAUGGUCAGCCUGCAGUACUGAAUGUACCCACUGGAGGAGCCGUGAGUGCACGGACCCAUCACCCAAAAACGGAGGGAAGGACUGCGUCGGCCUGGUACUGGAGUCCAAAAACUGCACAGAUGGGCUCUGCGUGCAAAAUAAAAAGCUAUUAAAUGAACCAAUAAACUCUACCGCAGAUUCCACUGCUGAUGUGGCCUUGUACGCGGGUCUGGUUGUUGCCGUGUUCAUCUUCGUGGUUAUAAUGCUGGUGCUCGGCAUCAUCGUGUACAAGAGGAGCUGCCGUGACUUUGACACGGACAUCACCGACUCCUCCGCUGCACUGACCGGAGGCUUCCAGCCCGUCAACUUCAAAAAGGCCAGGCAGGACAACUCCCAGUUGCUGAGCUCAUCGAUCCAGCCAGAUCUGACGGCCAACGCCGGCUCGUACCGAGGUCCUAUGUAUACGCUGCAGGAUACAGCCGACAAGAUACCAAUGACCAACUCCCCGCUCUUGGAUGCCUUGCCCAGCUUGAAGAUCAAGGUGUACAAUUCUUCGAUGCCCUCCUCCAUGUUGGUGGGUGGAGUGGACUCAUCAGGGACCGGAGCGCCAGGGACUUACCCAGGGGGCAACAGCAGAGACAACAACGUCGUUAUGAACCUGAGGAACAAGGCAAUGAGCUCACAACAUCUGGGCACCUUGCCCAGGGAUCCAGGAUACUGUGCCAGUGGGACCUUCGGCUGUUUGGGUGGACGACUGACGGUGCCCAAUUCAGGGGUCAGUCUUCUGGUACCUCAGGGAGCGAUUCCACAGGGCAAGUUCUACGAAAUGUACUUGAUCAUCAACAAAAGAGAAAAUACACUACCCCCAUCCGAAGGCUCACAGACAGUCCUGAGUCCUAUGGUGACUUGUGGUCCAACUGGGAUGCUAUUGUGCCGUCCCGUUGUUCUCAGCAUUACCCACUGCGCAGAUGUCUCCGGACCAGACUGGACCAUUAAACUCAAGACGCAAACUCACCAAGCUGUCUGGGAGGAGGUGGUGACAUUGGAGGAAGAGAACUUAAAUACACCCUGCUACUGCCAGUUGGACUCGCAGUAUUGCCACAUCCUGCUGGAUCAACUGGGAACAUACGCACUCGUUGGGGAAUCGAACUCCAGGUCGGCCAUUAAAAGACUGCAGCUGGCCAUAUUUGCACCGAUCUCAUGCACGUCUCUGGAGUACAGCCUUAAAGUAUACUGUGUGGAGGAUACCCCUGAUGCCCUGAAGGAGGUGCUGGAGCUGGAGAAGACUCUGGGUAGUUACUUACUGGAAGAACCCAAAAGCCUGCUGUUCAAAGACAGUUACCACAACCUGCGGCUUUCCAUACACGACAUUCCCCACUCCCUCUGGAGAAGCAAGCUGCUUGCCAAGUAUCAGGAGAUUCCGUUUUACCACAUCUGGAGUGGAACUCAGAGAGCACUGCACUGCACCUUCUCACUGGAGAGGUACAGUAUGGCGUCAACUGAAUUCUCCUGCAAAAUCUGUGUCCGACAAGUAGAGGGAGAGGGACAGAUAUUCCAGGUGCAUACAGUCAUCGAGGAGAAUGCCAAAUGUGUCAGCCCCCUCCACAUGCAGGUUGGUGCCAAUGUGACCACCCAGGUAGGCCCUUACGCCUUUAAGAUUCCGUACUCUAUCAGGCAGAAGAUCUGCACUAACUUGGAUGCACCAAAUACCCGGGGCAAUGACUGGAGGCUGCUGGCACAGAAGCUGGGAGUUGACAGGUUUCUCACCUACUUUGCUACAAAAGUUAGCCCAACUGGAGUCAUCUUAGAUCUGUGGGAAGCCCAGCAUCAGGACGAUGGAGAUAUCAAUUCUCUCGCCAGUGUCCUAGAGGAGAUGGGCAAGAGCGACAUGAUGGUAGUCAUGACAUCAGAAGAAUGCUGAAGCACGAAAAAUCUUGGCAACCGUGUGAUGAAACCCUUGCAUCUAUGGCAACUUGUUGUAGAAAUCAGUUUGCUGCUCAUCUGAGCACCUGGCAAAUUAGGAAAGUAGUGUUUUUACAGAAGAGAGCAGUGCUUGUCAUGUUCAAUCUAGAUGAAGCCUCUCUCCUAUCCAAAGCUUUGGGCAGCUUGUAAAAGGUUAACAGUUUCUUAGGAAACGCAUUUAAUUUAUUAUCCAUAUCUUUGGAUGCUUUUUUGUUUGCUCCUAUAUUGAAACUUUGUAAGAACCCACAGAGUUGUUUACAUAUAUGGCAGAUGUAGACAUCACUCAAAUCUGAAUGCACAUGUUGUACAAGAGAGAUCCAGCUGAACAAUCAUAGGUGUUUAGGAGGAGGAAAAUGAUUCAUAGAUGCAGGCAGGCGGUGGUGUCACGGGACCAUCCACUUGCAAUUUAUUACCUUGUAGCAAAGGAAUAUUCAUUUCUUCAAGUUCGGAAGCAAACUUUGCCCAAAUCACUGUGGGUUUCUCCCAGUUACUUUGGCAGAACACAAAUCCACAAAUCAAAGCUAAGACAACUACAAAGUCAGUCAGUCUCUCUCUCUCUCUCUCUCUCUCUCUCUCUCUCUCUCUCUCUCUCUCUCUCUCUCUCUCUCUCUCUCUCUCUCUCUCUCUCUCUCUCUCUCUCUCUCUCUCUCUCUCUCUCUCUCUCUCUCUCUCUCUUCCCCCACCCUCCCCUCUCCCUCUCUCCCUCAUUCUCACCCGUCUCUCUUUUUCCGUCCCUCUGCCCACCUCUCUCUUUCACCCCUCCCCUCUCCCCCUCGCUCUCCCCCGUCUCUCUCUCUCUCUCUCUCUCUCUCUUGCCCCCCCCCAUUAGACAUUGUCAGUGACAAAACCCAUGAUGAAAAUAUUACCAGAUUUGUUUCACAUUGCCCUGUCUGGUUGUUUAGUGACAGUAUUUAAAUUGUGCGAGACAAUGCAGACUAGUAAGAUUUGUCAGGGUUUCUGCUAAGGUUAAUCACCAGCAUCUCUAUGCUAAAUCCCAUCACUUCUAAAUAACAGGAAACAUUUAUACAUUAACUCUUGGUGUGCCUAACCAACCAACCUCUUUUCACUCACCAUCCCAUCUCCUGUUGAGUAAAGUGGGAACAGUUCCCAGCCUGUCUUCACAGAGUCAAGGCCAUGUGUUGAAGACUGAAACAAAGCAAUAGCCAUUUGUCAAAGCAGCGUACCAUCACCAGAAAAAUGUCUCCAAUACAAAUUGUGCAAUGUACUGGCAAAGGAAAUUAAACUCAUGUAUAGCACCAGAGGAUCUCAGCACAAACCAGAAUGAAUACGGGCUCCAUGUUCUUAAAGUGUUAUCAUAUCUUGACCAUAAGAAGGUAUAGCCUUAGUAUAAUAUUUUCUAUCAAGAAUUCAGAUUUUGAUCUUAAUUUUAAUCUGAAUGUUAGCCAAGGCCUGGCAUAGAAAUAUGAAACCCUCUGUGCUUUAAUUGACACUGUCAUUUGUCUCUUCCUUUAAUAAUAAGGGAAAUUUCAGUGGGUGAUAUAAUCAUUUCUCUUGCCAACAUCUCUGCUGCAUCUCAGACCAUUUCACUGAACCAUAGAAUGCCUCAGAACCAAACCAACUUCACUGAAGAGACUUGGGGGAACCAUAAGUUUGUGAACAUGAACACAGAAAAUUGGAAGAAUCCUUCGAGCCAUUUUGAGCACCAAUGAUUGCUAUCUUGAGCUAGCAUUGGACUAAGUUAGCUAGAAGUACUUCACAUGGGAUGUAAUCUUUGUGUGAACCAUCCAAAGUACAUAACCUGAUGGUGGAAUGAUGACAAAUGCCCAAGAUAAUUCCGUUCCAGAAAUCAUCAGGCGGCAAACUCUCCAAGGUUUCUUUCCCAGUCAACCACCAAUGUAGGGCCAGUAUCCAAUGAUGUCUUACUCCAAACUUGCCUUUAAAUCAAACACUUUUGAUCAUUGUUAGGUGUCAUUGUCACAAAGACAUUCAUCAUGAACUCACAAAGACUCUCAGCAGUUGUAGCAGCGUCAUUUCUGACAUUGUUUUGAAAUGUCUUCACUUGACUGAAAGGUUCAGCUAACCAGAGAGAUAGAUUGUGAUGAAUAAGGGAGUGUGUGAUGCAUUCUUGGUGCUGUGUUGGUGUCAACUGGAUUGUGAAUUCUCCAAGGGAGUACCAUCAAAAUUAGGUGCAUUCCUUAAACUUUUGCAGAAUCUGCAUAUUGAGCUAUUUUCCCCAAGAUGUUUUAGACAAAUGCAUUUUAAGUGCAUCAUUGUGUGAUGUUUUUAAAUGAUUACUUCAGAAACUCAGUUAUUGGACAUCCAUGGUCAAUGGUUUUCCUGCUUGUUGUCUAAGCAAAUCAGAAGACCAAUUUAUCUGAAAGCAUGCUCAUGUUCUGAAGAGCUGAUGGUUUUUCUGGAUGUUACCACAAGCAAUCCAUGCAAAAAAGUCAUUGGAGUGUUUUAAAACGUUGUUGAAUUUCAUAUUUGAUUGCUCUCCCUAACAACUCAGCUUCCAAAAUUCAGUUUUAUUGACCUCAGUGGAAACAAAGUUGAAUUUAUAUCUCAAGUAUGCUAUUCUUUUAAUUUUCUCUUAAAAAUCUUUUUUUUUAAUUAAAGAAAAUAUAUCAGAGGUGGGGUGGUGGGCAAAGCUGUUUGGCAAGACAUGAUGGAAGGUCAGGUGAUAUAAAAUCCAGGAAAGGCCCAACACAAGAUGACAGCCUAAAUUUAGAAGAACCUUGGAAUGAAUUAGCCACCUCCCUACAUCCAGUGUGAGCCAAAAACCAGCAAAAUCACACACUCCUUUUUGAUGCUCUGAGUACUUGAUAUCAGUGCACUGGGGUGCUCUUUGAAAAGAAAAUUGCAAAAUGUCGCUUUCGAUGACUAUACAUAGUUUUUAUAAAAUUAUAAUGAGCCACCUGCGACAGCUCAUGCAAUCCACUUACAGAGAGAUGUAAUCACGACUUGGAUUAAUGUAAAUUCACUAUCUCUGAGGGAGGUUGGCACUAACUUUUAGAAGGCUGUGGUCAGCAAUUUUUUUCAGUAUUCAUUGAUUAAGAACAGAUAAAGGUGUUUUAACAAAGAGUUGUCCUCUUUCUUUUCUCACAUAUAAGGGGUAUCAUUAUACCAACAGGUUAGCAAAAUAGUACUUUCAUAUCUUUCAUUCACUCCAAGUGCUAUGCAAGUUUAUAGAAUUAAUUCAUUUGCAGACAUAUCGCAGUGCUUCUGUUUGUUACAUACAUCUUUCAUAUUUAUAUGUAUAGAAAUUGCUGGAAUCUAUUCCUCUGUCCCUUUUCAUGUAUUUGUUCAUUCUGUAAACUACCGAUUGUAAAUAAGUUUAGCGUUCCUAUUGUAACAAAUUAAUUUUUAUGCAAUAAAUUAUAUUUCCUAGU